AUGUCGAUAUCUGAUGUGUGCGAUGCAAUCGCUGCCAUCGACAAGGACACGACCGACAUCAAGUUAGCUGAAAUUGCGUCCAAGUGCGAGACUCACCUGGAUGGAAUUGUUGAAGUGCUCGAUGCGGUUGAGAAUACGCUGGCUUCCUCCAUUGGGGGCCAAAAGCUUAGACUUUGGAGUUUCAUCGAUCGACUUGCCAAGCAACAUUCCAUAAUUUUAGAUGCUCUUCGGCCGAAGAUGAUAUCCCUUGCCACACAUUACGCCCCGAGGCCGCAGGACGCCGAGUGGGGUGACUUUGUGGCACUCGCGAAGGGGUCCUUUGAGGUCCUCUUCGGAUCGCCAAUGAUAUCUCUGGUGCUGAUGCGGCUUGGCGAUCGGAAGGCCCUUGAUAGCAAUGGCGGCACCAUCACACAGCCCUCAACCGAGACGGCGCCGGGCAGCGAGCGCUCCCAGACGGCGCUUGCACUCCACAGCACUGCACUCCGACGGAAUGGUGCCUUCAUCACGAAGGCGGUGUCCGUAGCUCGCAAAGGAUCUCAGAAGCACAGCUUGCAGGUUAAGACGAUGGACAGCCAGAUGGCCAUGAAUGUCGCAAGCAGCUACGCCCCCUCCAGGCCGGUAGAAAUACUCGUGCCGGAGCUUCAGCCAGAUGCAGACGCUCCACGGGGUUACAUGAAGGCUCUCCCCACGGAUCACGUUAAGAACUACAACGAAAACCGGCGUAAGCGGCUGCGUGAGAUUAUGCAAAAGAAUCGUGAGGAGCAGGACCUACGGCAGCGAGAGGAGCUCCUUAAAAAGGCACGGCAGGACAGCCUUUGCGAGGCCGACUCCGCAAUGGAGGCCUCUUUGACGGGAAACACUAGCAUAUCCUCGAGGUUGCCAGAUUUCUCUGACAUCCACAUGCCCGCAGAACUGCCACGUGAUGAGUACGGCGUAAAGCGUGGGAACUUUCCUCUGGGGGUUCGUUUUAUUCGCGAUGCUAUUGCGGCCUGUGGGGGCGCUGUGGAGUUGGACGUGCUCGUGAAUCGCCUCUCCACCUUGGCGAGUAAGGAGGCGACCGCCGAGUUUGGUGAUGUGCGUGCGUUUUUGACCAUCCACAGUCCCACCUUCCGCUUGGAGCUGGAGAAGGGGCAGUGGAUUGUGCGGCUGGUGGAUCACUCCCGACCCGCGGGUGAGGGUGACGGCCUGGUAGAAAUGACCUGGGAGGCGAUGACGUGCCCGCUUUGCUCGAAGGUGGUGAAGGGGCGGAACUAUGCUUGGCACAUGAACUGCAGGGGUUGCAUCACGGCCCAGAUAGCGCUUGGGCUGCAGGGCGACUUCCAGGGCCGCGGCCCGAUCGCCGAGCUCGCCUUCCUGGCCAAGGAAUUAAUUAGCCACCGAGAUAGUUUCGACGACGGCGAUGUAGACGCUUUGACGGAGGUUUUGGCCCAUGCAAGCAACGUGCGUCGCUUCCGCCUCGCCUCGCCGAGGCAGUUCGCGCCCAUCUUAAAGGCCGUGCGCAUUGUAAGAGAUCGAUGGUUGGAUUCGAAAGGUGUUUCUGAGGUUGAUGACGUUACCAUAGAUGGCACCGACGCUUCCGUCGUGCAUCUUUUCCGUAUCCUUGGUGAAAACAUCCAUCGACUUCCCAUCGCGUGGAUCGAAACGGGUGAUGUCAUCGACAUGUGCCAUCGAUUCACAGAUCACGUUGAGCCGCCCUUCGACCCCCCACCGCGGCCGGCAGAUCCUCGUAUUAGCUUGUACAACACCUACCCGGGCUUUCUGCUGUGUGAGAGCGAGGUAGACGAUGAGGACGAUCCUAGCGCAGACGAAGAUGAGUUUUCGGACGACGAGGCUCCCGCCUUUACGUUUGCCGCGCCUGUGGAGCUGGCCGAGUCGCUCUUCACGGCGGGGUUUGAACGCGACACGAAGCGGUUGCAGCACCGCAUGCGCACCGCGCCACCGAUGGCACUCCAGCGCGUCUUGAAGGGAGAUCGCAGCCAAACACAGCGCGAGAUGUAUGCGGACCUAACAAGAGACCAGCCUAGCCAACCUUCACUCUCUGGGAAGGUUCGAUCAGUAUAA